CCCUCUUCAACUUUCCCUAUUAACACCAUUCACUAUCUCACAUUCUCCUCCAACUUCAUUCCAGACUUUGAAUGCUUUAGAAUGCAUCAAAGCAGCAUGAACAACAACAAUACUCCAGUGAAAGACUUCUUUGCAUCCCCAGCUCUCUCCCUCUCUCUGGCAGGUGUGUUCAGGAAUAAUGCAGCAGCAGUUGUGGAUGUGGAAGAAGGGGAUGAGGCGAGUAAAGGAGGCUGUCAAAGGGAGCAGGCAGAGAUCAGUGGAGAGAACUCCGGGCCAGCAGGUCGGUCAGACGAAGACAGGGAGUCCAAUGAAUCACAGGAAGAGAAUAGAGAGGUUGGAAACAACAGGAAGAGAAAGAAGUACCAUAGGCACACAGCUGAACAGAUCAGAGAAAUGGAAGCGCUGUUCAAGGAAUCACCCCAUCCAGAUGAGAAGCAGAGGCAGCAAUUGAGCAACCAGCUAGGACUUUCUGCCAGGCAAGUCAAGUUCUGGUUCCAAAAUCGACGAACCCAAAUCAAGGCAGUGCAGGAGCGGCAUGAGAACUCGCUACGUAAGUCUGAGAUAGAGAAACUGCAGGAGGAAAACCGGACCAUGAGGGAGAAAAUCAAAAAAGGAUGCUGUCCUAACUGUGGUUAUACAACCUUGAGCAAUGGUACCACCAUAACCACAGAGGAGCAACAACAUCAUAUAGAAAAUACCAGGCUAAAAGCAGAGAUAAAAAAAUUACGUCGAAUGCUAGGAAGCAUCCCAGAUGGAAACACUUCACCAAGUUCAUCAUGCUCAGCAGGAGCUGAUCAAAACAAGAGCUCAUUAGAUAGCUGCAGUGGGUUCUUGGGUCCUGAGAAAUUUAGAAUUUUAGAGAUUGUCAAUGUUGCCCUGGAAGAGCUGACCAAGAUGGCUACUGCCCAGGAGCCUUUGUGGGUUCGGAGUGUUGAGACUGGAAGGGAGAUACUGAACUAUGAUGAGUAUGUUAAGGAAUUCUCACCUGAUAUGUCAAGGAAUGGAUGUGUCAGAAACAUUGAGGCUUCUAGAGAGACUGGUAUUGUCUUCUUUGACAUGCCAAGGCUUGUACAAGCAUUCAUGGAUGUGAACCAAUGGAAGGAAUUUUUCCCUUGCCUGAUCUCCAAGGCUGUCAUUGUUGAUAUCAUUUCCAAGGGUCUCGGUGAUAGCAAAGAUGGCACCAUACAACUGAUGUUUGCAGAAAUUCAGAUGCUUACUCCUUUGGUGCCGACACGAGAAAUCUACUUUGUGAGAUAUUGCAAAAAACUAUGCCCCACUAGAUGGGCAAUUUUAGAUAUAUCUAUUGACAAACUUGAAGAAAACAUAGAUGCAUCACUCAUGAAGUGCAGGAAGCGGCCCUCAGGUUGCAUAAUAGAGGACCAAGACACUGGUCAUUGCAAGGUGAUUUGGGUAGAACAUAUGGAAUGCCAAAAGACUGUAGUUCCAACACUAUAUCACCCAAUUGUUACCAGUGGUCUGGCUUUUGGGGCUCGACACUGGAUGGCAACAUUACGUCUGCAAUGUGAAAGAUCAGUUUUCUUCAUGGCAACUAAUGUACCUACAAGAGACUGCAAUGGUUGUAGCAAUUCUAUCACCCAUUCUAUGAACAUGAACCUAUUGCUUACCUCACAUAGGAUUUUCUUAGGGAUCUCGACACUGGCCGGAAGAAAGAGCAUCCUGAAGCUUGGACAAAGAAUGACUUCGUGCUUUUGCCAGAACAUUGGUGCAUCAGGACACCACAAAUGGACCAAGGUGUCAACAAAAGGUGGUGAUGAGAUUCGAUUCACGUCAAGGAAGAAUAUCAAUGACCCCGGGGAGCCUCUGGGACUGAUCAUUUGUUCGGUUUUGUCGACAUGGUUGCCUGUUCCUGCAACGUCUCUGUUUAAUUUCUUGAGGGAUGACUCAAGAAGAACUGAAUGGGACAUCAUGCUUACACCAAGCCCUACUCAAACAAUGGUGAAUUUAGUAAAGGGCCAAGAUCGUGGAAACUCUGUUACUAUCUAUAGCCUACAGACAACAACUUCAUCAGAGAGGACCAACAUUUGGGUUCUCCAAGAUUGUAGCACCAACUCUUACGAGUCAAUGGUGGUUUUUGCUCCUGUGGAGAUUGAUGGCACACAAUCUGUGAUGAACGGGUGUGACUCGAGUAGCUUGGCCAUAUUGCCAUCAGGAUUUUCUAUACUUCCAGACGGGCUAGAGACCAGGCCUCUUGUGAUCACAUCUAGGCCACAGGAGAGGACAAUGGAAGGAGGAUCUUUGCUUAUGGUAGCAUUCCAAAUUCUUGCGGAUGCGUCACCUGUGGCAAGGCCAACAACAGAAUCGGUGGAGACCAUAAACACACUUGUUUCGUGCACAUUGCAAAAUAUAAAAAAAGCCUUGCAGUGUGAGGAUGGGUAAUUUGUGUGGGAUAAGCAAAUAUGUGAAGAUUGAUGUAAAUAGGUUUCAACCAUUAGUAGGAGGAACCACAUGUGCAACUCCUUGUUGUUAACAGAGGAAGAGCAUAGGAAUUGGUAUGAAUUAACAACACGAAUAACUAAUCUGCACUGCAAGAAUUUAGAUCAGAUGAUCCAGCUUCAAAAUUGGCUCUGGUGCAGAAGGUAUAAAGAAACGCAACAUGUAGCAAUGCUUGCCAAUGUCAGUGAGUCAUCUUUUUAGGUUCUGGAGGUGGAUGGAAGUGUUGCAUGAUAUCGAAUAAUAAAUUCCUUGGUUUUCGGACUCAUAAUUGAUGAGAUGCACUUGACCGCAAGACUUUGAAGCUUCAUUGAUAAUAAGGAUGGUACUAAAGCUGGUUUUCCUCCCUCCUCUCAAUCCUCUGAAU